CUAACUUCGCCUAAAUUCUGUAACCUGAACCCCUGACCCUAUUCUUAAACCAAACCCCAAUCGCCAGACUCCCCAACACUCGCACGCCACCUUCAACAUUGACGUGAGUGGUAGAUUGAUAAUUGCGCGAUUUUCUUCUAAGUUUUCCUUGAACAGGGUUUCACCAUAAAGAACAAAUUCUCAGCAGCACGAGGUAAGUUGAUGUUCACUCGAUUCGAGUUACUUUGCAAGAAACAAACACGAUUUUUGUUGUGCCAGGUCCAAAGAGGACACGAUGGCUGAUCUCUGGAGGAUGAUUUGGGAGCAGGAGGUUGUUAUUCUGGCGCACCUGAAGGAAGACGUGUGUGACAGUUGCUGUCACUGGCUGGAUCGGGGCUGCUGGACCUACGGGCACGUGGCAGUGGAGGACUCGGACGUGCUGGUGGAUUACACCAUACGCAAGUUCUACGUCCAACACAUCAGAAGCAUCGAAUGGCUCCUUCUGGGCAACGAUUUUCACUUAACACUUUGUCCAUCUCGUAGCAAUCGAAUGAUGCCGCGUGUGGUCACGCCGCUCCAUUUCACCAACUGGCCCAACUUCGGCGUGUCCUUCUCUCCCAUCGGCAUGCUCAAGUUCCAAGAAAGUCAAAGGCGCUCAAGCCGCCCGUCGCGCCCAUCGUGGUCCACUGCAGGUACAUUACAGGCACCGCGCUUCAAAAUAUUUCUCUGGCUAAUGUUAAGAAUGUAA